UCCUUCCACACACACACUCCUCCUCCUCCUCCUCCUCCACUUCCUCCACCUCCGUAAUCCAACAAACAUGUUCUCCUCAGUCGGCCUCCUCACCCUGGCCUUUGCUGCUGUUACUGCCGCCCCCACCCCAGAGCAGCCCAGUAACCAGUAUUCUGCCCCCAGUAACCAAUAUUCUGCGCCAACCAAUCAGGGUUACGAUCAGGUCAUUCCGUAUAACUUCGCUUACGGAGUGGAUGACCAGUAUGCAGGCACCCAGUUCAGCCAGAGCGAAGAGUCCGAUGGUGAGCAAGUGACCGGUUACUAUCAAGUGGUUCUUCCUGAUGGGCGUAUCCAGAAGGUGACCUACAUCGCUGACAACUACGGGGGCUACAGGGCUGAGGUCACGUACACAGGGGAGGCGCAGUACCCCAAGGAGUAUGGCGCCCCAGUGACUUUCAGACCCCAGACCGGCUACCAGCAACCCCAGACUGCCUACCAGCAACCCCAGCAAGGAUACGCCUAGAGUCACGAGUGAGUCACGAAUGAGUCACGAAAGAGUCACGACGGAGUUAGGAAUGUUUUACGAUGAUGUUACGGAUGUGGUGGUGUGUUCGCAAUUCGUCACCCCACACCUGACACACCUGUUGUAAGUUAAGGUUGCGCUUCUACGUACAGUGUUGUGGUGUUACGGCGUCACUCUCUCUCUCUCUCUCUCUCUCUCUCUCUCUCUCUCUCUCUCUCUCUCUCUCUCUCUCUCUCUCUCUCUCUCUCUCUCUCUCUCUCUCUCUGGUUUGUUUUCUAAUUGAAUUUUUACUUUGCUGUGGUUACAAUCUCUCUCUCUCUCUCUCUCUCUCUCUCUCUCUCUCUCUCUCUCUCUCUCUCUCUCUCUCUCUCUCUCUCCUGUAUAAUAAUAACCUGUGAUGCACCUCGAGUUAUUUAUUUACGUGUUGCUGGAAAUAAAAAAUACAAAAAAAGCUACAUAAUAAAAAGUUUAUUCAUA